AUGACAAAGAAAGGGAAAAUAACAGGCUCACAUUGGUGUUCUGCAGUAAACUGCUCAAAAAAUAAAUUACAGGACAAAUCUCUGAGUUUUUUCCGAUUUCCCUUGGAUGCUGAAAGGUAAGAAAUUACUUUUUUUUAAAUAGGAUGCUUUUGGUUUCAUACAUUAAGUGGACAUUCUAGACUACAAAUGUUUUUCUAUUUCAGCAAGACAUCUUUGUAGGAUAUUAUAUUUCUUUUUGGGCAUGUUUCGGAGAGUCUAAAUUAAUAUGACCUGAGAAAACUUGUAAUAAUGGCAGGUGUAAAAAGGGGAUAAAGAACCUUUCUUAGUUUAUAAAAUUAUUUUAAAAUAAGGGAAAUUAAAGCAUGGGCUUUAAUUGUUUACGGGUUUUAUUAGAGAGGAGGCUAAAUUUACACAGAAUUUUACUAAAAAAUUAUCCACCAUGCAGUUGUAUUUGCUGGCUUAAAUCUCUAUGCAAAAAUACAAUUAAUAAUACAAUUACGUUUUUUUUAGAUCAAAGAGAUGGGUAGUCAACUCCUGCAGACAAGACCUCGAAAAGAAGGAUCCGAAAUAUUUGUAUAACAAUUGCCGGAUUUGUUCAAAUCAUUUUGAAGACUCAAUGUUUCGUGGGAACUUAAAAAAUCGUUUGAAAGAAAAUGCAGUGCCUACUAUUUUUGCAGUGCCAAAUCCGCCCAAGUCAAUAGGGUCAAAACGCCGCCUUCUAGUCAAUACAGCAUCAACACAUGGUAACUAGUAAAAUUAACCCAGCUUUACGUGGCAAUGCACCCAUGUGCGCCCCACUUUAUUAUUUUUACUCUGUCUAACACCAGACGAUUUCACUUGUCAGGGGGAGAGUGUUGUCACUUAAUGGGUUAAUUAACAUACAAAACUACUGUAGAACAAUUUUUUCCAAACAUUUGUUUUGCUAAAAUGCAAUUGUUAUGGUGUAUUAAGAUUGUUAUACUUUCACUUAAUAGGUAAGAGACGAAAAACAGACACUGCCAAGAAAUUACUUAAAAGGUCAACCACUGAUGAACUUGGUAGGCACAUAGAACAAACAAACAAACAUACAACAAACCUUGAUAUAUUUUUACAUGUGAAUGAAUCACUGUUAGAAAUAGGAUUUUGUUGGUGUCACCCAAUUCCCUUUUGUUCACAAAAUCUUUAUUACAAUCAUUUAGGUGAAAGCACAUCUUUGUUGGUAACUGAAGACUCCUAUGAAGCUAUGGAGACCAAUGAAGGGUUGCAAAAUGAUGAAGAACCUCAUAAUCAGCCAGGUAUAUAUUUGGCAAACAGAGAAAUUUAUUGUUAAAUACAUGUAUCAAGUUACAUAAGGGAGGUAUUAACAUUUUAUCUUUUUUACAGGCAGCUCUGAGUCAGAAAUCCAACAAAGUCAAGCUUGUCAGACAAGUUCAUAUCUUACUCAUGGUACUCCCAGAAAAAAGAAAAUGCAGAGAAAACUUGCGAUUCAGCAUAAACAAUUGGUAAGAUUGAAACAUGCUCUAAAAAAGAAAGAAGAAAAGUGCAAUGAGAAAAAAGCUCUAUCAACCCUAAGAAAAUUGCUGCCCAAGCAAAUAGUCGACUUUGUUGAAAUGCAGCUAAAAUUGCACAAAAAAAGAGGGAAAGGGAGACGAUAUAGCCCAGAAUUAAAAUCAUUUUCAUUGUCACUAUACCAUGUUAGUGGGAGGGCAUACAGGCUACUCUCAAAGUUUUUCUAUCUUCCAUCAAAAAGGAGUCUACGCAGGUGGGUUUCUCGGUUACCAGGAACACCUGGAAUUACAGAAGCUGCAAUGAAUGUCAUUGAAACUAAAGUGAAAGUAAUGAAUAGUAUUAGCAAGAUAUGUAGUGUCUGCAUAGAUGAAAUGUCUUUAAAAACCAACCUUAUUUAUGAUAUUUCUGCAGAUGAAGUCUUGGGGUUUGUAGAUUUAGGUGCUGGUAAGAAAUGUGAGCUGAUAGCAACAUCUGCUCUUGUGGUUAUGGCAUGUGGCAUGGCUGACAAAUGGAAGCAGCCACUUGGUUAUUUUCUGGUGCAUGAAUCUUGCAAAAGUAUUGAUGUAAAAAGAAUAUUGUUUGAUGCCAUUGACAAACUCGAUUCUAUUGGUCUGAAGGUUGUCUGUGUUAUCUCUGAUUUGGGCUCAAACUUCCAAAAACUGGUGAGGGAGCUAGGAGUGACACCAACACAACCCUGGUUUCUUACUGAGUCUGGAAAAAAGAUCAUCUUUCUUUAUGACCCACCACACCUCAUUAAGGCAGUCCGAAACAAUCUUAUGAAGUAUGACUUCCACUUUGGUGGCAAAGUAGCUAGUUGGCAAGAUGUUAAGAGCUUGUAUGAUCGAGACUCAUCAUUGUCUAUUCGCUGUUGUCCAAAGUUGACUGACAAGCAUAUCAACCCUAAUGGGUUCACAAAAAUGAAGGUCAAACUAGCCACGCAAGUAUUAAGUCACACUGUUGCUACAGCUAUUUCCACAUAUGUAAGCCUGGGUGCCAAUGUCGGCAUCUGCAGCUGGAACUGCAGAGUUUAUCACAGCAUUUGAUAAAAUCUUUGACUGCCUAAAUAGUUCAUCUGUAAAAUGUGCUAAUGGUAAACUGCACAGGAAAGCACUUUCUGAUAGUUCGGUCCAUCUAAAAUUUCUUACAGAUGAGGCCAUUCCAUUCUUGUCAUCUAUUAAAGUUAUUAACAGAACCACUGGGGCUGAUGCCACAAACACCUUAAGAUGCUUAAAAGGAUUUCAAAUUACUUUGCAUGGUAUCCUGGCUUUAUGGUCUGAGUUAAGAAGUGCUCAUUCAUUCAAGUUUCUUUUAACUAGGCGUUUGAACCAGGACCCAUUGGAGAACUUCUUUGGGACUGUCAGACAACAAGGAGGCAAUUCUGACAACCCCACCCCUGGUCAAUUUCGCACAGCCUUCAAGAAGUUGUUUUAUGAUAACUUUCUUGUUUCUUCAGCAGGCAACUGCAAUGCAGAUUUUAAUUCAAUGUUGGUAGGAGCGCCAUCUCAGAAUGUGCUGUCUUCUCUCAGUAAAACCGUUCCUAAAGCUGUUGAGAUAGAUGUCAAUGAUUAACGCUCCUCUUCUGUACAAGACAGCCUAAUUGGAACAAAUGCUGUGGCUUAUGUGGCAGGUUACCUUUAAAAAAAUGCUUGUUAAAACAUGAUUGCAAAACAUGUAAAGGUAAACUUGUUAGCCAAAAGCUUGAUGACAGUAGCAAAAUGUUUUGUUUCUUUAAGGCAUACCAUUCUCAAACUGGACCAUUUGGAGGGCUUUUGGCACCUGCAAGCAAUUUUGAGGACUACAUUGUUACUCUUGAAGACAUGUUUGUUGAGUCACUUCCUUCUGUUGUAUUCAAAGUUGGUGUUGGUAAAUCUUUGCUUUCUCAGCUCCCUCAGUUCUCUCUCCCUGAAUGUUCUGAAUUUCCUUCUUUGUUUCUUCUUAAGCUUUUCAUUCGAAUGAGAUAUAUUAUGCCCUAAAGUUUAGAAAUAGACAGCUACUAUCACCAGGGGAGAGUAAAAAAUGUAAAAAAUAUUUUAAGGUAAGCCAUUUGUAAUCCUUUAUACGCAAAGGGUUUCAAAAGAGUUAUAUCGUAGCUUGAAUUUUAAACUAUCAAAAAGCCUGAUUAUAAACUAAAAAAAAACAAUGCAAAGUUAAUCAAAACUAUCUCAAUACUUUCCCAAAAAAAUAAAACACUAAAAACAUUGAAAUAGUUUUAUCACAGCUUUUAUAGAUUUUUUUCUUACUGCCCUUGAUGCAGUAUUCUUGAUAUGGUAUUUUUGAUAUGGUAUUUUUGAUACGGUAUUUUUGAUACAUCCACAACUGAUAUCAAAACUAUUAUAAGUAAUUAUAUUUGUUCCAAAUGCCUGUGGACUGAAUUGCCCUAUCAUUACAUACAGAACGAUAGUUUCUCACUAGAAGCGGGACAAUCCUCCUCUACCGAGAGCGAUACUUUAGACCUAAAUAAACACCUCAUCAACCACAUGAGUUCUCUCACCACCAGACCAAAACACCUAAAACUAAUGCAUCUUAACACCCAAAGCAUGGUUUCUACAUUCGACGAGUUAGUUCUAACCAUGAAGCAAUAUCCUUUUGAUGUAAUCUGCAUGAGCGAGACUUGGUUAAAAGACAAUCCACUGUUACUUCAGCACGUAAACAUACCCGGGUAUACCUCUGAAUUCAGAAAUCGUGAUUCGAUAAAAGGCGGGGGCGUCGGAGCAUACAUCAAUGAAUCGUUAAAGUAUCGUCGAAGGAGUGAUAUUGAGAAGAAAGAACCCAGCCUUGAACAUUUAUGGCUCGAGUUCCCCGGCAGAAAUAAACAUAGCAAACUACUUGUGGGGACAAUAUAUCGCUCAGAAAAAAUGCUAAAAUGUACGGAAUGGCUGGAACGUUUUGAGAACCUACUCGGGUAUCUUACGGCUAGCUGGGAUGGUCUUAUUUUGGUAACUGGUGACAUUAAUAUUGAUCUACUUGGACAUUCGAACUCUGUAACAACCUAAUACUUGGACAUGCUGUCGUCUUUGAACCUCUAUCAGCACGUCCAAAAACCAACUAGAACAACAUAUAAAUCCUCAACACUUAUAGACCAUAUAAUCUCAAAUUCACCCACGCGCAUCUCACAUACUGAUGUCUUACCUUGCCCAUUGGUCAGUGACCAUGACGCUGUUUAUGCCUGCAUCAACAUCAAAGUCACAAGAUUUGAGACACGAUACAAGUAUAUACGAUGCGAAAAAAACUUUAACGAUUUAAACUUCGUCGAAGACUUCAAAACGUUACCUCUCUCCGUAAUCUAUGGCGUUGCUGACCCUGAUGAAAAACUCGAUAUAUUAAAUUCUUUAAUUACAGAAUGUAUUGAAAGACAUGCGCCCCUAAGACGAACCAAGAUCACGAGACCCCCAGCACCAUGGCUCAAAGAUCCUACCAUCCAAGAUCUACAGGAGCAAAGAAACGUUCUCCAAGCCAGUGCUCGAAGAAGUAAGGAUGCCCAAGCGUGGGAACUAUUUCGUUCAGCUCGCAACCGCCUCAAAGCAUUAAUUAAAACUGCUAAAAAGAAAUUCAUGCAAAAAAUGCUUUCUUCUAAGAAACCCAAGGAAGUAUGGAAAGUAAUACAUCGCAUCUUGCACCCAGAGCCGCGUAGGAUCACCAUUCACCCUGACAAACUCAAUUCUCAUUUUACUUCAACGGCAGAACGUACAAUCGGCACUGACGUCAAUGAUAACAACAGUUACGACACUAUAAGAAACAUGAUCGAUUCGCUUCCCCCAGACUACGACAAUGGCUUCCAUAUAAAUCCUGUCACACUGAGCGAAGUUGUAAAUGAAAUACGUUGUCUACGAGGAGACUGUUCCACAGGACCAGAUCACAUUCCAGCAAAAAUGAUCAAAAUUGUGGCUGAAUAUUUGGGUUCUCCAUUAACCGAUAUCAUUAACACCUGCAUCGCGAAUCGAAGCUUUCCGUCUGCGUGGAAGAUUGCGCGUAUUUGCGCAAUCCCAAAAGUUAAGCAAAUCACCUCUGAAAAUGACCUGCGGCCCAUAUCAAUCUUGCCAGUACUGUCGAAAGUGUAUGAACGCCUAAUCUUUCACCAGCUUUCCAAAUUCAUCGAUGAUAACAAAUUACUGAGUAGCACCAUCUCUGCAUAUCGAAAGGGCCAAUCCACCACAACGGUCAUGCAAGCCAUACGAGAUGACAUCACGAAAGCAAUGAGUCGUUGA